AAACUUAGUGCUCGAAAUACCUUGAUGGUGUCGAGUUCACGAGGUCCGUAACGUGGUAACGAGACAGACUGAUAGACCCGUCUCCGUCUAACGGUAAUACACCUUGCAGUUCGCAAGAAGUUGAGGGACUCACCUUAGUUUAUACUUUCGGUUGGAGGGUUAUAGUUCGAGUGUUUUGACAUUUUAUUUCUCUUUGUUCGGUUACCUUUUUGUGUUUUUAACUUGGUGGUGUUUGUUUGUGAACUGCAUUUUGGAUUUUUCACGUAGCGCCGUUUGUUUGUAUUUUACACACAGAUUAUUUUAUGGACCAUCUACAUUUCCCCCAAGAAAAAAUGUUACGAUUCAUACAGAGUGUUCAUUGUUCAGCGUGCAUCACGUCUUCAGUUUAAAGUCGAACAUGCUCCAGAGUUUAGAAGAUUACAUAGUAGAAAUGGAAAAACGUAGUGCCAUACAGAAACCAUCAUCAACCUCAGACGUCAAUGACGACCUUUGGGCCCAGCUGCAGCAGAAGGAAAACGACUUAGUGCUGGCAGCAGAGUUGGGAAAAGCCCUUCUCGACAGCAAGGAGGAACUGAAGAGGCAACACGAGGCUGCAAUUGAGGAAUACCAAAGAAAAUUAGAGGCUGUUGAACAGGACAGGCACGUGCUAAAACGAAGGCUAACUAACAAAGAAUCGGAAUUAGAUGCAAAAAUAGUCGAACUCCAAAACGACAUCACAACUUUAACUGAAAAACUAACAGCCAAGGAUAACCUACUAAAACAAUGCGAAAGGGAAAAGGGCAACUUGGUUGCCGAGUUAAAUGCCCAAAACUCAAGGUUGACUGCCCAGUUGAAAGAAGCCACAAGUGUUGAAAAUCGCCUUCAGCAACAAGUACAACAGUUGAAAGAGCAGUGCAGCCUUAGUAAAAGUACCCUAUACGAUCACAUGAAUUCGGUCGGUGGCCUUAGGGACGAACUGGAUAUGCUUUCAGAAAAAAAUAAAGAAUUAGAAAGAAGACUGCACAUAACUUCUAGUGAGAGGGAUAGUUUUGCCAACGCUUUAGAAGAGGCUAGUGAUAGGAUUCUCAUCCUAGAGAGACACGCCAGGGAGCAAGACAUCAGAUACCAACAUAAUAUAAAGGAAUUGAGCAUGCCACAGGAUCAUAUGUCUAUAGACGAAAGGUUGCAUGGUAGUCAAGGAGAAAACAGAUCUCUUCUUGCAGAAAUGGACCUUUCGGAACCUACCUUAUCUCAAGAAUGUAUGGCUGUCUACAGACAGCUAAGGUCGUUGGUACAACAGCUCAAAUCGCACCAAGACGAUGACAGUGGAUUGCACAGCGACUGCUCCACAACAUCCCUGGACGACAACAGUCAAUUUGCUACUGGUUUGCUUAGCGAGGUGGCUCAAGAACUCGUCAGUUUGGUCUUGGACACAGACGCUGUCAGACUCAUAGAGCGGUUAGAAGAGGCGCAUAGGGAGAUACAGGAGAGAGAUUUGGAGCUGGCCAAGAGGCAAGAGAAGCUGAUGGAAUUGAGUUCGAGGGUUUCCGUUUGUGAUGUUGAGUUGCAGGCAGCUAAAGAAGACCUGAUCAGGGCUAGGAACGACGCAGUAAACACAUCAGCACAAGACGAAAUCGUCACGAAGGCCAGGCAAGACAGGGACAUAGCGAUAGAGAGAAAAACGAAGCUGGAAAUUGAACUGGCGAAGACCAGGAUGGAUCUGAUGCAAGCCAAUGGUCAGUUGAUGGAGGCCAUACAACAGAAGGUCGAGCUAAGUCAACAGCUUGAACAGUGGCAGAUGGAUGUACAAGAACUACUGGAAGAACAGGUCAAAAACAAGCUAACGUCCCAAGAGGUUAAAUUAAGGUCAACAAUGCAAUCAUCCCCAGUAGCUCCGCCUAGAAGAAGAUUGCUCAGUUUUUUAUACCGAUAGCAAUUACUGCGCGAUAUGCACACAAAGAUGUCGCUGAAAAAAGCCGAAAAUAGUACAUGAAGAGAUAAUUGCAAAACCUGUGGUUUUUCAACUGAUAGACUUAAUUUUACAAAGCAAUAUCAGAGCUGUACUUAACUUCCACUGUGAUUUUUAAUUUAUUAAUUGAACUGACUUUUCUUCAUCAAAAUUUGCAAUGAAUGAUUUCAUUUAUAGUUUUUAGAUCAGAUUAUAUAUAUAAUUUUAUGUAUUUUGUGUAAAUCUUUGAUGUACAUCACCUUUUUCCAUUUUUUUUACCUUUACACUAAGCGAAUAGGAGUAGCGCCAAUCAGGAGCUUUCCACAAAUCGGGGAUGUGAAAAAUGUUGACAAUUUAUUUGUUGAUUCUCCUUUGUGGUAGGUUUCUCGAUCGCUUCUCUUCGUGUUGAAUCAUUUAAAAUAGUGAGAGAAACAUUUGUUCGUUCAUACAGAGAAUAUUUAAUGAAAUAAGCAUUAAUAAAAAACUGAUGAGGGGUUUUAAUCAGUCUUAAAAUCGCCUUGGAGUUGAGUUUCUGUUAGAAAUUUAUAAGGAUCGAUUUAUCCAUUUUGUAAAUAUUCCACUAAUUAUUUUCAGUUCCACUGAUAAAAACACAUAUUUUUAGGGUUGAAGAAGUUGUGAUUUAUACUUGUAUGCGUUAAUCAACAUCGACUAACCAUACCAGAAAUAUCUGAUGUUCAAGAAUUUUUGCAUUUACGAAGUUAUUCGAGAUUAAUUCCGUCCAAAAAGUGCUUGAAAAUUGUUACCCUAAAUAAAUAUAGAUAUAUUUUACCAUUUGAA